AAUGCGUCGCGAGGUGAACCUGCCGUCGCAGCAGCAGCAGCAGCAGCGAUGGGACGAGCUCAGAGGAAUGACAGCCUGUGCAGGAAUCUAGGCUGAAACUGUGCAUCCCGUCGCAGAGGGAGACGGCGGCGCUCGGCACCGGGACAACUAUGUGAUAUUUUGUCCGUCUUGAGAUAUAUAUAUUUUUUUAAAUUUAUUUAAUCCACACUAAUGUGAAGAAUGGAUCCUGUGAAGUGGGCGCUGAAGACACGGCGGUGUCCUCUGGGUGUAGCGGUGCUCCGUGUCAAACUCGACUGUGGAUGUGCGGGAAUGCUGCCUCUCCGUGUGGGACGGUGAAAUAAUGUGCAGCAGAUAUAGGGAGCGGGUGUGAGUGGAGGAGAUAAAGGGAAUAAUUACCUCUCUGACCGAAGACUGUGAGCGGAACCGACGCUCACUCUCAACACAUUGGAGACUUUCUGCUGAACUGUUUUAUAGGUACACUUCUUCUUCUUUUUUUUUGCAUGUCGUUACACAGUCGCACCACGUGAACCUUUAAUCCGCACAUGCAUUAAUGUCCAAUCACGCAAUCUGAUAAUUGAACCGAGUCUAUUGCGGAUUAAACGGACACAGCAGCUCUGAGCGUCACAUCUGAUCUGCCAUUUGUCGUUUUUAAAUGUCCAUCUUAAGUUAGAUUUUUCAGGGGCAAUUUAAACGCCAUCUGGAUGAAGCUGAUGAGGAUAUUUCAGGCCAGGAAUUAGCCUUUAAUAUAAUAAAGAAUUACCCAAAGGGAAAUGCGACGCUAAAAUGUAACAUUAGUAGGUGUUUCUUUAGUUCAUUAUUUAUAAUCAACCUGAACCUUUUACGCACACCUCUCCACUGGAUGCAUGUUGCCUGAAGGUGAAGUCUAUUCUAUUUUCUUUUUCUUUUUUUUGCUUGGAGCUCAUUGACGAGGCAGUAACUUGUAUCUCUGCUGCAUGAAAACACGAAAUGCACGGAUAAGGAGAGUUAUUGCCAAUGCGCUCGUUUGUUGAAGUUGCUUUUUACGCACCGAAAAGCAUGCGCUCCACAAAUAUGAAGACAGUGUAAGCCUCCACUUCUUCUACUCCUGUGUUGAAUCACAGAUGCAUGGCUUUUUAUGACACUUGUUUUUCUUUUUUUUUUUGAUACCCAUAAGCAUUUUUGAGGGGUUGAUCUGACGAGGAACCGCCUGUGGUGAUUUCCCUGCUGUUUCCAUGCGUCUGUCUUCUCCUUCAGACCUCUGGACGUCGUUGUGGAUUGUGUUGCUGUUUAAAGCAAUGGGCUGCAUCCAGAGUAUCAGGUGUAAACCCAAGAGUUUCCGAGACAGUGUCAUCGUCCUGGAGGUGAACACCUCCAUCGAUUCAAACCCCACCAGCAUCGACGAGUCAAACAGCGUGGUGCUGCGUUACCGGACACCGCACUUCCGCGCUCAUGCCCAAGUCCUGGUGCCGCCGGUGUCCUGUCAGGAGACGUGGACCAUCGGGUGGAUUCAAGCGUGCAACCACAUGGAGUUCUUCAAUACAUAUGGAAACAAAGGGAUGUCGAGUUGGGAGCUCCCGGACCUGCGCGACGGCAAGAUCCAGGCCAUCAGCGACUCAGACGGCGUUAACUACCCAUGGUAUGGCAACACCACGGAGACCUGCACUGUUGUGGGCCCCACCAAGAGGGACAGCAAAUUCACCGUUAGUAUGAAUGACAAUUUCUACCCCAGCGUGACGUGGAGUGUGCCAGUCAGUGACAGCAACGUGCCUCAGCUUAGCAGCAUCCACCGUGACCAGAGCUUUACGACCUGGUUGGUGGCCAUCAACCAGGCCAACUCAGAGACUGUCGUUCUGCAGACAAUCCGCUGGAGGAUGCGGCUCCACAUCAAAGUGGACCCCGACAAGCCUCUGGGUCAGCGGGCUGUUCUGAACGAGCCUGUGAUCCAAGAACAGCCCCAGAUCCUCGGCAAGAACGAGUCCAUCGCCUCUAAUGCCAUGGUCAAGCCCAACGCCAAUGAUGCCCAGGUGCUCAUGUGGCGGCCAAAGAAUGGUGACCCGGUGGUGGUCAUCCCACCAAAAUACUGACCUGCUCACUGACCAGGCUGGCCUUGGAUACUUCACCAGUAUCAUGUUAUUUGUUCUGUUUGGUUUUUGUAUUCCUGCUCUUCACCAGCUCUCACCGCUUUAGCCCUUCAUUGACUUUCAUUUCUCUUCUGUUUUUGUCUCCAAUGUUUGAAAUCGAGUGACAGAGAGAAAACAGGAGACAAAGCUCUGAGGAAAAAAAAGACCAGCUGAGUGGGAGCGAGUUGAAAAUACGUUUCGAACUGGAGUGAACAAAACUGCAACCAUUCUACCUUCAAACUCGGUCGGGUCGGGUCUCACUGUGCUAAAUUAGGACAUUUUUAAAAGAAUGAAGAAUCUUUUUAUUUUAUUUUAUAUUUUUGGCUGUGCAGGUCAAGUGAAGGGUUUCUGAGAGUGGGUGGAUCAUAGUAUUUACAUGCUACAUACCUGGAUAUGCACAAAUGCUGUGUUCAAAUUCCAGUUGUAUUUUUUUAUUUAUGGUUGGGAGAGUGCAUCUAACUUUUUUUGUUGUCGUUGCCGUCAUGUGUGUCACACGGCGAGUUACAUUGAGUGACUAGACUUCAGUACUUAAAAAAAAAGAAGAAGAAAAACAUGCAAGACAUUCAAUCCAUGCUGCCUUAAUUAAGUUAUCACUUUCCACCGCAAACAUUUUCGCCUUAAACAAAAGUGCAGCGCAGUAUUUUGCUCAUUUGUUGCAUUUUGUUCAGACUGUUGGUGCUGGCACGUGUGGGUUUAGGACGGGAUUAACACCACGGAAGGAGAAGCGGAUUGGAAAUUUGGGAUUUUGUGUUGCAGCUGCAUUUACCUCACACAUGUUUCGCCUAACAGCAAACACACAUUACAUACAACCAGCGCCGUGCGCACACACAGUCACGAUACCAGGCUAAUUCAUUGUUUUUCCAAGUGCAUUAUGCAACAGAGACGCCGCUCUGUGCAGAGGACACCCGUGAGGCCCACUCCUGUCACUCAGUACAUUGAACUACACGUGCAAUAACAACCUGAGUAAAAGACACUGAAAAGCACACUCAAGCUCAUUUUACUUCACUUGAUUCUCUUUCGUAGCAGCUGUAGUGUUCAUCAUCCGUUCUCGCUAUCGCGCCAUCUCAGGGCCCAUUUUGACUUCCUUCUGUACUACUUCUUCAUCCAUCUUGUCUUAUACCUACUCUUUUUUGCCACAGUGAGUGAACGUUCAUGUCGCUCUCACACCAAAGUGUCAAUACUGAAAGAAUGAAUUAGCAGUCACAGACUGGGGGACUUUACUUUUAGCAACCACAAUAUAAAAGUCCUUUGACAAUCAUACACGUUUAUAUACGAUUGUAUUGUCGUUGAAUCAGUGACACCACUUUUCCAACAGCAUAAAAACCAAAAUCCCUCUUCUCACUCUCCACUUUUGUGUGUGUGUUGUCGAGGCUGAAAAAUAGAGGAGGAGUCAUGCGAGUCUGCUCCUAACUGCUUGGUCAGUGCAUAGAUGACCCAAUCCUGCUUCUUUAACCCGCUGGAAAAAAAAAGACGUGAGGCCAGCAAACGUGAGCCUCACACACAUGUAUUCUCUAAACUAAACUGAGCUGUGGUCAGCUAAAUACUAAUAUUAACUGAAUGAAUGUAUAUUUAAACCGUAAUCUUUGAACAUGGCUUCAGCUGCAGAAAAAGAGACCCAAAAAACCAAACUACAACCUGAAUUUAAACGUUUUUUUCCACUUAAAGAAGCUAUAAUUCCCUUGGGGCUCUACUCAAAACAACUAAAUCACAGUCUGUUUAUUUCACAAAGACGUAUGAGCUGCUCAUUCAGUUUAUUAAUGAUUCCUCUCCAGCGAGUGAACAAAGCCUUCGUGUUCUUUUUAGAAAAGGAUCUGUAUGUAACAGCAUAUACUCAGAAUACCGACUACACAAACUACUGUUGAAUACUGAUGUAUUAAAACAUGAAAUAUGGAGAUUCAUAUUUAACCACAAAUAGCAUGGUGUAGAAUCUAACAAACUGACUCGAUUUCUAUUAACAAGUCAAACACUCCACACAUGUACAAAGGUCAAAUUAGUUUUGGUCCAAACUGUAGCUCAAAGGUCAAAUCCAUUCACGCCAUUGUUAUAUAUUAUUUAUAAUUACAUUUUCAGCCAGUACAUGGCUCCAUCAAACACUGUGCAUGUGUAGCCGUGAUGACCUGCACUCUGUGGCUGAAUCACAGGGCAUCGUGGUGGUGGUGGGAGUGGGAGUGGGAGAAAAGACACAAAAGGCUGGUUGGGGACUCCUCAUAGUUAAAUCUGCAGUGACACACUUACACGAUGAACUAAACGGUGCCGAGUUGUGCUGUGCAACAGAGUUGAAGUGAGGUCAAAUAGCAAAGGUCAGGGGUCAACAUAUCUGAAGUUGCAACAGCCGUAAACUGACCUGAAUUGAGACGAGAGGCUGUGGGAGAAUGAAUGUGGGGGUGAAAACAAACUGAGUCACUUUAGAAAACAUGUUUGUAUCGUUGACGGCAGCUAGUCUUCAAGCUGGACUACAUGUAAUGUAUUUAAACCUCGACAUGGCCCGAGUGGCCCGCAUUCUCAACGCAUGUACGUGUGUUUACAUGGAAGUGUAUGUGUGUAAAAUCCCAUAGAGGGGGAUUUAGAACGCACACUUAGGUCGUUUUCACACCUAAUAGUCCGCUAGACUCGGUACGAUUGGGGACUCGGUUCAAUUCGGGUGUUGCAACAUUCAACCGGUCCAAGUUUGAUUUCACACUGAACUCUAGUGAAAUGAAUAAUGUAUUCACUGCAUCAAGAAUUACUGAAGAAGAAGACAAGAAAACGUGCUCAUCUAUUGUGUUUCUGCCAUCGGUCUUGGUCUUUUAUUUUUGUUUUAACGCAAACAUACUACACAUCUACGCUGCAACAAUGGGCUCAGCCACUUCACCCGGCUAUCACUCUACGCGCACAUGUUUUGGUUGCGUUGUACCCACAAUGCCCUGCAUUGGAGUCUGCUUCCUGCAUUUGGUUUGCUUGAAGCGAACCGAGACCUACGUUUGAGCAAACAAACUAGGAUCCGAUAAAGAAGGGCUGGUGCGAAUGCACCCUUAGAUGAGAGGAUGAGUUUCGCUGAUGCAUUUCUCCUCGUCAUAAACACACAAACGUCCCAAGACAGAAAGGCACGAGCCCGCUGUAGCGUGUGAUUGUCACAGAGGUGUCACAUUGGCAGUGUGAAGUCAUUUAUCAGUGUUGCACGUGGAGCGCCUGAACACAUGCACUUGCUACAAAGCCAUAUGCACAAGCACACCUGUCUACUGACAAACGUGGUAAUAUAUGCAUCUCCUCAUUUUUUUUUUUUUUUUGAUAAACUAGAGUGAGGACAUUUUUAUAUGAACGAGAAAUGGAGGUAUACUGAGGAUGGAGUGGCUGCCAGACAACUAUCAGCGGUGUCUGACGUUAGGAAAAGGGCACUAAUCGUCUUCUCUAUUGACGCCUCAGACACUUCAAUAAAAGGUAUAUGUGCUUCCUUAGGUGAGGCACAGAAAAACAAAGCGCUGCAUUGUUUGCUGUACAGAGGAAGUGCCAAAAUUGGAUCGCGCCAAAACUAUGCACUAUUAACGUUUUCGGUAAGUUGUGAAUUCAGAAACCUCUUUGCACUUGAUAACAGUAAACCCAUUUAAAGCUGUUUCUCGAAUCAGCAACCACUCCCUAGCAUAAUUGUAUUUCCAGAUUAACGAGACACUGUGUGUUGUAGUUUUCUGCGCGUGCGGCUGUGCCAAGCGAUCAAAAGCCUCCUCUCCUAAACCCACACCAUUACAGUUCUUCUGAGGGCUGCUACCUUUGCUUCGGCUCUUUAUGCAUUUUUUUUUUAAACCACUGUGACACCCCUUUAUUUAAACCAAUAAAACCUCCCAAGAUCACAGGAUCACCUGCGUGAAUUUCCUGGCCUUUUAUUUUUUAGUUCCAUCCAAUGAAAAACCUCAAUGGCCCACACAUCAGUUUAUCUUCACAUUGUUCACACCUUAUUUCAGGAAUUACACAUCAGCAUUUGAAAUAUACACAACACGGUGUAUUACACAUACAUGUACUCUGAGCGGAUUUGUGUGUUUCUCAUUUUGUUUGGUUUGCUUUGUGGAAUUACAGCACUGAAAUAAUUCAAGCAGUGUGUGUGUGCGUGUGUGUGUGUGUGUGUGUGUGUGUGUGUGUGUGUGUGUGUGUGUGUGUUAUGUUCAGCUUUGCCUUUUACUCCAAUACUUGAAAAAUGGGUACGUUCUGGCAAAUAUUUAAGACUGUGAUAAUGCACAUUGGGGCAAGAACCCCAGAAUAAUAUACAAAACA